UUUAUUCGCGCGUAUCUCUAUACGAAUAGAGGAGCCUUCGUCAUAAAUAAAAAGCUUUGUGGUUGAUAUUUUAUCUAAUAACUAGAAAUGUACAUAGCUACAUACAUAAAUUUUUUUUAUAAUAAAAAUAAUAGAAAUUUUUAGUGAAAUUUUAUAUAAAUAAAAAUUUCAAUAAAAAAGUGUGUGCUGCUUUUUUUUUGCUUUUGUGAAAAAAAUUUUUUUUUAAGUAAAGUGAAGAAGAAUUAUUAAGAAUUUUGUUGUUAGAAUAAUUACAAAAUUUUGUUAUACUUAAUGUCUUUUUGUAAAAUUUUUCAUAUAUUAAAAGCUAUAAGAUCAGUUUGCCCAUCUAAUCACAUCAAUUUUUCUAAAGGAUUAUUUAAAGAACAGAUCUCGGAGUUACAUUCGAUUUCAAGGCUAUCACAAGCAAUGGAAAAGAAGCCGAAGGUCACUGAAAGAAUAAUUAUAGAACGUGUGACUGAAAAGGAUGCUGUUGAAGUUAUUGCACUUUUAAAGAAAUUCUUUUUCAAGGAUGAACCUUUAAAUAAAGCAAUUGAUUUAGGUGAAUGCAAAGAGUUGGAAGAAUAUUCCUUAAAAUGUAUACCUGAUAAAUGUUCCUUUAAAGCUGUGAAUACUAAUGGUAAAAUAAUUGGAGUCUUUCUCAAUGGAAUUUUAAAGAAACCUGAUCCAAAUGCAGAACCAAUCAGUUUAGCUGAAAAAUGUGCGCACAAAAAAUUCAAAAUUAUUAUGUCACUAAUGGAUUAUAUUGAUUCUAAAUUUAAUAUAUUUGAUUUAUAUCCAAAUGCAGAUACAAUAUUAGAUGGUAAAAUUGUAUCUGUUGAUGAUGAAUACCGAGGUUGUGGAAUUGCUGGACAAUUAACUGAGGCAACUUUGGAUUAUUUAAAACAAAAUAAUAUUCCUGUAAUGCAUGUAAUGUGUUCAAGUCAUUUUUCGGCAAGAGUUAUGGAAAAAUUAGGUUUCCAUGAAGUUUACAGUCUUGAUUAUAAUGAUUUUUUAAUAAAUGGAGAAGUAGUAUUAAAACCGGAACCACCACAUAAGAGUUGUAGAAUUUUAGUAAAAGAAGUUUAAUUUAUUAAAUUAUAUAUAUAAAAUUAUGUAUAUGUCUAUAUACUUAUAUACACACAUACUUGUAUAAAUAUUCUAUUAUACACAUUUUAAUUAAUAAUAUGUAUUAAUUGUAUGACAUAUAGUUUUGUUGUUUUUUUUUGUUUUUUAAUAAAAAUAUUAUACAAAAUUAUUAUUUUUAAUACAUACAUACAUAAUGUGCAUAUAAAAUUUAUUUUAUAACUGAGACUUUGUUUGAUAAUGUUAA